AUGGUUAAGACUAAUGCUGGACUUGGAUCCUUCGGUACCUUGGGUUUGAAUAAGCCGAUUUGUUUGACAUUACAGAAGAAGUUUCGAUAUGACCAGCCUUCCGCUAUCCAGCGUAGAACAAUUCCUCACGUUUUGGCAGGAUCUGACGUAGUAUGCAUAGCACGCACUGGCUCAGGGAAGACUGUUGCCUAUAUUUCUCCAAUCGUGCAACUUCUUGAAGCCCACUCCUCAGUCGUCGGAGUUCGCUGUUUAAUAUUGCUUCCGACCAGGGAGCUGGCGCUUCAGGUCGAAGGAGUUCUAAAGAAAUUUGUCAAUUUUUCUAACCAGUCCGAUGCACUCAGGGUUGUGCUUCUUAUUGGAGGGAAGUCGGUUGAGAGCCAGUUUGGCGCAUUAAGCUUUAACCCAGAUAUUGUGAUAGCAACCCCGGGCCGCCUGGUUUACCACCUGGAACAAAAGAGCCUGAGCCUCUCCCUUGUGACCCAUUUGGUGAUUGACGAGGCCGACAAACUGUUUGAGAUGGGAUUCCUUCCCGAUAUCUAUAAAGUGUUUGCCCACUUGCCAAAGGUAAAACAGGUGGUUCUGGUUUCAGCAACUCUGCCCACUCAGUUAAGUGAAUUCGUGUCAUUUGGCCUAAAUGAACCCAUUGUCACAAAGUUAGACCAAGACCAGAACAUUAAUGAGCAGCUACAAAUGUCGUUUAUAUACUCAAGGAAUGAGGAGAAGAUAUCGGUGUUACUUCGCGUGUUAAACAAAUAUAAGGAUUUGAAGAGCAUAGUGUUUGUAGCUACUCGGCAUCACGUUGAGUUUUUCCGAACCCUAUUACACAAACUGGGAUACUCAGUAUCAUGCGUUUAUGGAACCAUGGACAUGGAUAACAGAGUAAUUGAGAUGAGUCGCUUCCGAAGCAACAAAACCCGAAUUCUACUGGUCACUGACGUGGCAAGCCGAGGCCUCGACAUUCCCUUCGUCGACCUUGUCGUUAACUUUGACUUCCCCUACUCCACAAAAUUAUUUAUUCAUAGAGUCGGAAGAACUGCUAGAGCAGGUAGGCAAGGACUCGCAGUGUCAAUUGUAACUAAUAAAGAUUUCUCUUUCCUAUUACAGAUUUUAUGCAAACUCAAUAAAUCACUAUUACUUCCCAUAAAUAAUAGUAGUAAUACUAGUAAUAGUGGUAAUAGUGAGGAUGCCAGCACUAUAGAGAAUAGUAGUGGGAACGUGAUAAGAAUAAAGAAUGAUAAGUUGGUUAGUGAGGAGUUGGCUGGAGAAGUGGAUAAUAAUUACUGUGUGAUAGGCAGUUGUAAUGACUUGAACCACUUAAUUGAGAACGUGAAUAAUAAGAUAUCCGAGGAUCCCGAACUCUCAGCCCAGUUCAGAAGCAUGCAAAACUCCUACAACCUCUACUACAAAACGAGGCCUAACCCAACCCAUAACUUCAUUCAACUUUCAAAUCAGUUCUUCCAACUCUAUUCGUCUCAAUUCCUUUUACACCUUUUUCAUCCAAAUUACCUCCAAACCACUAAUAAUGCUAAUAUUGCCACCAAUAAAGUUGACACUGAUAAUCACAGUGAUAAUUUUAAUAAUAAUGUGAAGGAAGAAUAUUUGGAAUAUUUGUCAAAUUAUAAACCUGAUGAAAAAAUCGUUCAAAAUAACAUUUCACUAAACUCAAUAAAUCACAUGAAGCAACUAAAACUCUACAAUAUCAAUCAUACACGUAGCACUAAUAACACCCAGAACAGUGUUAAUGACACAAAUGACACAAUUGGUGUCGAUAAUGUUAUUAAUAUAAAGGAGAAGGACGAGAAAUUAGUGAAGGAUAAUGAUGAGAAUGAGAUGUAUGAAGAGAGCUUGGUGUUGGAUAUGGUGCCGGAUAACGAAGAUUUAAUUAAAAAGAAACGAUACAUGACAAAAGAAGUUUGGAACCGACGCACGAAAAAGUUCCAACAUGUAACUGUAGAUUUGUAUAAUAAUAAUAAAAUCAUUUCAAACCGUACCAACAAUACUAAGGAUAACCAGGGUAAUAGUAGUGGGAAGGAUAAGAAUUUGUUUAAAAAGUGGGUAAAGAAGACCUCGAGGAGAAUACAACAAGUGGGUGAGCUUGAGAAUCAAAGUGGGAGUGGUUUGGGAUCUGAUCGCACACGAACUAGCAAGUCAGUUAGCUGUGACCCUGACCUCGAUGAACUGAAGACCAUGUUCCCAAAGCAUAAAAAUAUUAUCGAAGCCUACGAAUCCAACGAACAGUUGACGCAUAAACAAAUUAGGAUAUUAAAUAAAAUAUCAAACUACAACAAUACCGAUUCUACCACUAGUAUUAAGAAGAAGAGUAAGGUUAAGAAGAAGAAAACCAGUAAAAAGGAGUAUAUGAAGAAGAGAAUGUCGAAAAUUUUAAAAAGAGGAGCUCCAAAUAGAUCAAAACUAAUUGUCCACAAAAAAUAUUAA